AUGACAGGCUUAGUUGUGUAUGUGCUUCUCCAUCAGUCACCGAAUGAUGAAAUGGAUGCAGGCCGCAGCAUGACACCACUUGUGGAGCAAAUGACGGUUUUCAGGCGUAAUAUUCCCGCACCAUCCCAAAUAGGGCCAUUCUUGGGUCACAGUUCGUAUAUUGAUGACAUCGCGCAUGGGGCGGCCACGUGGGAUCUACUAUGCGGUGAUCUAGAUGCGUUGCUCUAUCGGUUACGAUACUGGAGUAUCUCAGUUAGCUUGCCUAAGAGUGAGUUCGGGAAGCGUGUCAUACCGAAUACGUGCCACCCCGAAGAUCAUAAAAACAUUCAGGAGUUACCGUUUCCGUCUACCCUGAAAGGAGUCCAGUCAUUUCUAGGCAGCCUGAAUUACUACCUCAAAUUCAUUGAGAAUUAUGCCGUGGUAGCUGCUUCACUCUAUGAGCUGACCGAUGACCAAGUGCGUGCAGGACGAGACCUGGCUCGGGCGAGGGAAUCUUUCGAGAUCCUGAAGAAGAAGAUCGUAUCUACACCUCUACUCAGGCACCCGGACCGGACGAAACCUUUUGUGAUCAUCCCGCAUGCAAAUCAGUGGGCUGCUUGUGCAGUUCUAGGACAAAUGCAUGAUGGAUUAGUUCAACCGGUUCGUUCCACGGGGCGUGUCCUGAGUGAUGCGGAGCUCAAGUAUCAUAUUGCUGAGAAGGAAGUUCUCGCUGUGAUGCGAGUGCUCCACGUGUUCAAGAACGUGAUCGAAGGCCUACACUCGCCAUUAAGUUACGACUUGGAAAUUCGGAAGGUCAGUCGAGAUGAGGAUGGUUUAGCCGCCAUUAUGGGCGCAGGUAUCAUGGGUGCAGGUAUCACUCCCAAGGAGCACUUGGAUGAAGUCGCCGAAGUACUCAUUCCAGCUAAGGGGCGCGUCAAACCGCCUCCAGUCGUCGAAAUGCUCUCAGAAGAGUACUCCGGAGUAGUCCUGAGUUUCGAUGGUGCGGCCAAACCGUCCACAAGGAAGGACAGCUGCGGAUGCAUUCUGUGGCAGCUACCUGAAUGGAAGGUUCUAGAUGCCCGAGGAUAUAUCCUGGAUGGAGUCACCGUCAACGACGCGGAAUACUUUAGGUUGCUUAAAGGGCUUGCGAUGGCUUUGGAAAGAGGAAUUCAGGACAUAGUCGUCGUGGGUGACUCGAGAAUUGUGAUUCAACAAGUCCAAGGUCUGAUUAAUUGUAACAAGCCUAAUCUCCAAAGGAGGCUAGCUGAAUAUGAAACCCUUACGAAACGUUUCCAGACGUUCAACCAGGCCGCUGAUUAUCUGACAUCGAAGACUCUUCUCCAAGGUGAAUCCUGGACUGUUCAGGAUGAUCUCGAGAAACGACACCUGGAAGUAGUGUCUAAGAUUCGCGAGCAGUUGGUGAAACCGUCAGAAGGCACCGACACUCGUGUUCACAGUGGAGACCCAAUACAAGACUCUGGUGAAGAAGAUGGCCAUUCAAGAACGAGACAUGGUCCUGGCCCUGAAUGUGCCCCUCUAUCUUCUGCCGCCCGAGUCAUGGCAGUACUCACGAGAUCGCGAGCUCAAGAAGUUGAUGACGACGAGGUCGACGUGGUUCCGCCCAUGGGGCCGUUAGAGUUUCAGGCUGAACGCUGGAGACGGAUCAAGGUUCAUCAAGAGAGUGAUGAGUACCUAGCGGAGAUAAGGGCGUUCCUAAAUGACGACCUGAACAGGUUCUCAUCCACACGCCUGAAGAAGAUCAGUAAGAUUGCAGAUCUGUUUGUUCUGGAUGACCAAGGAGUAUUGUACAGACUUCCGCAUUCUGUUCGAGGAAGACCACGAGACGCCGUGGAUAAUCUGAGAUUAGUAGUCCCGAGUUCACUUCGGGAAGACAUGUUGAAUCAUGCGCAUGAAGAUUUUCAAGGCGGACAUCAAGGGAUCACCCGGACUCAUGAGAAGUUACGUACCGAAUUUUACUGGCCCGGCAUGUAUUCGGACGUCCAACAUUUUGUGAAAGAGUGCGUGGACUGUGCCAGUGGAAAGGGAGAUCCUCCGAGCGCUGGGCCUUCGCCAGGAAAUAUCGAACCACGGUAUCCUUUUGAGGCAGUCUCUAUGGACUUCGUGACUCAUAUGCCUGAGUCAUCCAGAGGGAAUACGUUUCUCUUGUGGUUUCAAGACAUGUUUUCAGGUUAUGCGAUGUGUAAACCCAUGUCGCCUACUACCGCUCAAGAUGUCGCUGAGGCUUAA